UAUAGGUAAACACAUUUCGAACGCAGUGCUGGUCAUCAAAAGGAUCUAGUGUAUUUGUUUGCAGUAAUAUUAAUAUGAAGCCGAUUGUAGUUGCAGACGAAAUGUUUCCAGAAGGACCAGGGCCAUUUAUGGAUCUGGAAGAGGCAGGGGGAUCGUCGGGCUUGUUAAUGGAUUUAGCGGCGAACGAGAAAGACGUGCAUGCUGAUUUUUUUAAUGAAUUUGAAGAUUUGUUCGAUGAAGAUGAAGAGGGACAAAUGUAAAUAAUGUUCUUACGCUUACAUUAAAGGCAUAAUUGCUUCUUAUAAAAAGA